AUGUCCAUUACAACUAUUCAAGCUUUAAAUGACGAUGUUUUAAACUCUAUUUUACGUAAAACUGCUUAUGCUAUAGCUGCCGGAUUUGUGAUUGGUGUUGCUACUUGGAGUGGUUAUCGAGCUGCUUCAACACAAAAAUAUAUUAUUCCAAAUCGACAUCCAGAAUCAAAUGAUCAAAUUGAAAAAGUAGUUGAAUCAUUAAAAAUAGCUGAUGAUGGGCUUCGAAAAGUUAUGCAAAUAUUGGAAGAUGAAAUGGAUGCUGGUUUAUCACCGGCCACCCAUAAAAAUGCUGUGGUCAAAAUGUUUCCCACCUACGUUCGUUGUACACCAGAUGGUACAGAAUCUGAACAAGUAUUAGCAUUAGAUUUAGGUGGAACAAAUUUUCGUGUUCUGCUAAUUAAUUUACAAGGUCGAACUAAUAUUGAAACUAAAUCAAAAAUUUUUCUUAUUCCUCAAAGUAUUAUGGUUGGCGAUGGACAAUAUUUAUUCAAACAUUUGGCCGAUUGUUUGCUGGAUUUUAUGAAAAAGGAAAAUUUAUUAAAUACCGGUGUGCGUUAUCCAUUAGGUCUUGCAUCAGCUCGUCUAACACAAUGGACAAAAGGUUUUAGUUGUGCAAAUGUUGUUAAUGAAGAUGUUGUCAAACUGCUUCAAACAGCCAUCAAUGAGAAGAAGCUCAAUGUUGAUUGUGUUGCUCUUGUGAAUGAUACUGUCGGUACAUUGAUGGCUUGCGCCUAUAAAGAUCCUCAUACAUUAAUUGGUUUAAUAUUAGGUACUGGAACGAAUGCAUGUUACAUGGAACAAUUGGAUAAAGUUGGAACAUGGGACGGCGAUUAUAAUAUGCCAAAACAAGUCAUAAUUAAUAUGGAAUGGGGAGCGUUUGGUGAUAAUAAUAAAUUAAAUCAUAUAAGAACAAAAUAUGAUGAAGAAGUUGAUUUAUCAUCGAUUAAUCCUGGCAAACAACUAUUUGAAAAAAUGAUUAGUGGAAUGUAUAUGGGUGAAAUAGUAAGAUUAAUUAUAAUAGACUUAAUGCAACAAGAACUAUUAUUUUUGGGUCAUAAUGAAGGAUACGGUGAUUAUAAAGCUCCAUUAUAUUCACGCGGUGGUUUCUAUACAAAAUUUGUUUCAACAGUGGAAAUGGAUGAAGGAAUUGGAUUUAGUAACACAAGACGUGUAUUAGAAGAUGUUGGUAUCAGAAAUCCAACUUAUGAUGAUUGUGCAAUUGUACAGCAUAUUUGUCGAAAUGUAUCAAAACGUGCCUCUCGAUUAGCGGGAGCAGGCUUGGCUGUUUUAAUUAAUCGAAUUAAUAAGCCAGUUUGCACUGUUGGUAUCGAUGGUUCGGUAUAUAGAUAUCAUCCACGUUUUAAACGAAAUAUGGAAAAAUGCAUGCAAACACUAGUGAAUAAAAAUAUCAAGUUCAAUUUGGAAAUUUCUGAGGAUGGAAGUGGUAUUGGAGCUGCGUUGACUGUGGCGGCCUACACACGAAAAAGUAAUACAAAUAAAAGAAGUUAA